UCCUUGUAUCCACUCGGACCUAUCUGAGGAGUGGACUCACUUCCGGGAGGGUGUCAGCUGUUAGCAUCGUAUCGACUGAGAUGAGUUUUGAGUGGCCCUGGCAGUACAACUUCCCACCGUUUUUUACGCUACAGCCCAAUGUUGACACGAGACAGAAGCAGCUGGCGGCCUGGUGUUCCCUGGCUCUGUCCUACUGCCGUCAUCACAAGCUCUACACCCUGGACGUCAUGGAGGCACAGGAAAGCCCCGUUUUCAACAACAAGAAGAUAGAACGAAAACUCUCAAUGGAAGCAAUUCAAGUCGUGUUUGAGGAGCUGAGAAAAAAAGGCAAUCUGGAGUGGCUGGACAAAAACAAGUCUCGGUGUUUAGUCAUGUGGAGGCGGCCGGAGGAAUGGGGCAAACUCAUAUACCAGUGGGUUUCCAAAAACGGUAUGGUGAACUCGGUGUUUACGCUGUAUGAGCUGUCCAAUGGAGACGACACGGAAGGCGAAGAGUUCCACGGCCUGGAGGAGUGGAUGCUGCUGCGCUCGCUCCAGGCUCUGCAGACAGACGGCAAGGCAGAGAUCAUCUCCAUGGAUGACGGAAAAGGUGUCAAAUUCUUCUAACGCGGUGCUGGAAUCCCACCGGCUCUGUCUGGGAGCCCUCCUCACUGUACCGUACAGGCAAAUUGUAAGAAACAGCCAUUUGAGAGGCGGCGCGAGCUGGACGUCAAUGCCCAGCCCGGCGGCCUUUUUGGGCGAAAGCCUUCUCUCACUGGAAGAGAACUGAUAUCGUUUUAACGUGUACGUACGUCUCGGGGGGAGGAAAACAUUCGAGGUGACAUCUGUUACCAUUUAAACAUGCAAUGAGUCUAUCAGGGGACACAAUACUGACACGUCUGAAUACUUUCGGGGAAAAUCUCUCCCCAAUCAGCUGUAACUUUACUUCUUCGUGGUAAAUACAACUACCUUUAUUCCCAUUUUCCUUUUUUUUUUUUUUCUUUUUUCAAGUGUACAAUUUGGAGCGAAGCGUUGCUCGGCUGUUGUUUCUCUGUUCCAAACACACAUCCCAAAGAAAAUCCCAGAGCGCAACACCAGAGGGACCUGUGUCAUUUCCAGAGAAAAUGCUUCCAGAGGAGGAACAGAGCGGGCCUGAGGCGUCCGGCCUCACCGCUGCCUGUACCAACAGUCCACUUCAUGUACAGUUUGCUGUCAUUUGUUAUUGUGCAGUAGCUACUGUGACACUCCUGUUUUCCCUCUCCGUCUAUAUCCAACCUCUUUUUUGCAAAGCCCGCAGGACAUUAAAAUAGAA